AUGUACAAAUUCACCGCUGUCCUACUCAUCGCCUCUGUCGGUUUUAGUGCCGCACAAUCCCUGGCUGGUCUUCCCGCAUGUGCCAUAGAUUGUGUCCGUCAAGGCCUCCCCUCGAACUGCAACCUCGACCCCAAGUGCAUCUGCUCCUCCAGCUCUUUCAUCGACGCCAUCUCCUGCUGCGUCGCGGGCGCCUGCAGCGUCAACGACCAGAACGCCACCCUCACCUACGCCCGCACCAUCUGCGAGCCCGCGGGCGUAUCGGACCUUGUACGUUCCCCAUCACACUCCCAACCAACAACUCCCACUCUACACACCUUCCCCUUUCCUUCCCACUCCCCACCCAAAGACCCGACCAACCCUAACUCCCCCUUCCACCAGCCCUCAGCAGCGACCUGCGCCCCCGGCGCCUCCUCUUCUUCCUCCGGCAGCAGCACCGACAGCAGCAGCGCCACCUCCUCCGCCUCCGACGCCGCCUCCUCAGCAUCCGAGUCCGCCAGUUCCGCGACGUCCAGCGCCAGCGAGGCCGGCAGCAGCGCGAGCUCCAGCGCCGCGGCCGCCGCGACGGACAGUGACUCGGGGGCCUCGGCGAAGGGGCUGGGAGCGCUGGGUGCGGGGUUGUUGGGCGUUGCGGCUCUGCUUUGA